AUGUCUAAGACAGGUGCUAAUCUCAACCCUAACACCUCUGUUGGUAUGGAUUUGCGACAGUAUAGUAAAUUGAUACAUUCGAAUAAUAAAUGUGAUAUCAAACAACAUAAGGUAAAUUUGGUGAAGAAACCGAGGGGAAGACCCAAGAAACACGUCGAGACGAAAUUAUGCGGACCAAACCUUGUACCGAAUUUAAAUGGUUCUGGUGACUUCAGAGUCAAAAUUCAGGAGGAAGUUUCUAUCAAGCUUCGAUACUGUUUCAAUACAAAACCUACAAACUGGAUGUAUUUCUGGUUUAUUUCACACGUCCUGCCGGAGUUCUCAUAUCAGAUGUGGUAUAGUAUCGUGCAAUUGAAACAUAGACAAGAUCUUGUUGAACUCAUGAUUAAUCGGUUUGAGUUCUUGAAACUUAUUGCAAUGCAACAAUUUGCUCAGGGUAGCAAAAACAUUGACAGAACUUGGGAAUCUAAACGGAUUUCAUAUAGCCAUGAUCAAUUGGCGUGUUUGUUUCUUGAAUCAUUCAAUGCCAUUUCGAUGGAAAAUUGGAACGACGAAAUUUUAAGAUUACAGAAUAGGCUGUGGGCAAAGGUUAAGGAUAAGUCAAUAAGAGAUUCAAGAUCUGAUGACAUUUUAUCUAUUCACGAUAAAGUGUUUUUGUUAGCAGAAACUUGUAAUCGCCAGAUUACUCCUGCCAUCGAAUGGAUGAUCAUUACCCUUGAAGAUAUUUAUGCCAUCAAUAAGAAUUCUAUGAGUAACGAUUUUAAAGGAAGCUCAACUGCUGCUAAUAUACCUAUUCUGACUAAGAACUAUAACUGCAAUAAGAAAUUUUCUGCCAAUGAUAACGACGUGCGAUCUACAAUCCCAGUACUUUCCAUUAACGCGUCUGAUUUUCAAACGAAUACAUUGGGCAUCAAUGAGCGAUUGAUAAAGGGUAUCACAGCUUGCCUGAGGGGAAAUAGAGGUGGAAAAACCGAGUCUUAUGAAAGGAUACAAGUUCCAGUACUUUACGAGUUAAUGAUGCCUGAGCUACCAAAGAGGAACCUGAAACGUCUAUUACAACAUUCUAAAGAUAUUUUCUUAAGCAAAUUACAAUUGUUGGAUAACAACGAACUAAGCAGUUACUUAACAGAAGGGAGUCAAGACGUACAAUUCGAGAUCAGUUAUCGAAAUUGUGUUCUUUAUCACUCUUUAUGUCAGUCUUCGUUCAUCGCUGGAAUAAAACCCGUAGUGUCAAGUAAAGAAGAGGAAAAAGAAGAAGGUAGAUCACUUGACCACAUCAAAUUUAGCCUGGAGCCCUUCGAUGAGCUGCCAGAGGUGUGUAUCGAAACUGAAGGUUUUACGCCAGCUAGAAAGCUGUGGCAUGAUAGAUGGAUGUCAGAAUUGGCAAAAUCAAAGGUCUACUUCGUAGAAGGAUUUCCAAAGGGGGCCACUGAACAUGAACGAAAGUAUUGGAACAGAUUAGAAGAAUUGCUUGUUCACUAUUUUAAACAUUUCGGUGUCACUUUCAUAGGGUUCAGUAUCAAUGACUUUGAAACUGUCAAAUUACCACCUCCAUGUUUACAGACUAGAUAUGUCAUAUUCAGAAGAGAGGGACCUUUGAAGAUGAACAAAAACCCAAGGCUAUGGGACUACGGCAAGGCAAUAAGGUUCCUCCAGGAUAUGGGGCUUGAUGUGAGUUCAUUGCAGAACAUUUUUUCUCUUUUACAAGACGGAACUUUGAGAAAGAGGAAGAUCAAGAGAGAUGGAAAAGGGCAUCGUUCUUCUCAAAAAAGGUUUAAAAGAGGUACUGUAACGGAAGAGAAGCUAGUAUCACCAACAUUCGACUGGAACGAAUCUUUGGAGCAAGUGAAAUUCGCUUCCUCAGCAAUAACUGGUACUCCUCAAUUGGCCAGACCACUGGUCACAACUGGAUUGAGGAAACAUGUAAAAGAGGACAGUGUAGAACUCGAUGGUUCAAUUGAGAAAGACACAAAUUCGUUGUCAGUAUCCGGGAAACUAUCGGAUGCAGAACUCUCUGAGGAUAAAUCAGUUAUUGACGGUAACACAACCAUAUGUGGUGCUGCAAGCCUGAAGGCAAGUAGAUUCGAACCACCUCAAUUCGUAGCUGAAUCUUCUCAAUUGUCAGAUAUGGUAAAGAAACCCAUUGAGGAGCCCGAUUCUUUCUACACAGCGCCAGAAACCACUGAUUCAGAUGAUGAUUUAGAAACCGAAGAUAUCUUUCAAGAAAUAUCAAGCCAUGCAAACAAAACCUGGAACUCAACUAAAAACCAGAUACCGAAACGGUACCAUGGCAUAAUCAGCGGAAUGCUUGAUUCCAUCAAUGAAUUUACGGUCUCUAAGCUAAUAGAAGAAAACCAGCAAUGGUCAAAUCUUUUCUCGGAAAGAGAUCAAUUGAUCCAUACCUUAUCUUCAAAACUGAUAGAGAAAGAAAAACUCGUAGCCACCUACCAGGGAAAAUUGCAACAAAUACACGCAGAAUCCUCAACAGAGAAAUUGCCACAAUGA